UAUGAUUGGUCCAAAUGUAUAUUUGAAGUAACAGGAUUGGACGAAAUCAGUUUUUGACAGUUUUGCUAGUCAUGGAGGACAACGCAGAGCUCCAGAACGAGGAGAUCGAAGUUUUACAGGUGAUUCCCAUAGGUGACGGUCGGUUAGUAGUAUCGAACACUUUUAUUUAACGUUUUUCUUUUCACUGAUGCAGUCCAUUUUCGAGGAUGAAUUCCAGCUCAAGAGCGAUUUGGAUCAACCGGGCAUUGCGAGAUCCUUCACCAUCUCAGUGCCCGGACCUCACGCCAUCGUCCUGCUAGUGCAUCUGCCUCAGGGAUACCCGUCCACAGACGCUCCAAUCGCUGAAGUGUACGAGUCUUUCGGACUCACAAACGUCCAACGAGAUGAAAUCCUCGAGGACCUGGCUGCUAUCUUCGAGCGAUCGAGCGGCCAAGUGUGUCUCUACGAAUGGAUCGAAGAUGUAAGGGAGAAAUACGCCAACGCUGAGCUAGAUUCCGCUCAAGUGGAUGCCAAUGAAGACAGUGAUGAAGAGGGAAUAGCAGGCCCAGUUCGACUUGAUACUGUGGAGUACUUCGAGUCCGACUCCCAGACUCUCCGACCUCGUGUACGCACAGCUCAACUGGUGCGCGAUGUGGAGCGUGAAGCGAAGAUUGCACCGCUGAUCGUCCAUGGCACGGCGAUCGUUGAUCGGAAAAGCACUUUUAUCGCCCAUGCGUGUCCCGUCAAAUGCGUUGAGGACGUUCGCUCCUUCCUCGCUCUCUUACUGGACGAUCGCAAGAUUGAGCGAGCGAUCCACAACAUGUUGGCGUAUCGAAUCAUUGGCGAGUUCACCGUCAAGGACAAUGACGAGGAUGGCGAGCACGGAGCUGGAAGUAAACUGUCGAAUCUGCUGGAGCUGCUUAAAGCUGAGAACGUAGCUGUAGUGGUGACGCGUUGGUACGGCGGGAUUAAACUGGGUCCUGAUCGGUUCAAGCACAUCAACGCUAGCGCUCGACAGGUACUGGAAGACAAUGGCUUCUUGGAUGAAGCAAACCUCCAUGGCUCCAAGAAAAAAGGCAAGCGGUAAUGUAGGGACACCUGUGCUCACGGUAUUGUGUUCUUGUCUAGUGGGUUAGUGGUGCAAAUCGUUAUGAAUGUACCUUAACGACGCCAUUUCUGACUGGAUUGUCUUACAAAAUGCGGUUUCCAAGUGCCGACGAGAUGAGCAUGAGCGCCAUGUCGACUGUAAUCUGAGCUCCGUUUCCAGGCGCCAACAUGGGGUUCACUUCGACCAUGUCCAGACCCACCAUCAAGUUGGUUUCGGCCACAGCUUCAGCAACGUAGUGAGCCUCGCGCCAGGUGAGUCCGCCACGCACACGUGUGCCCGUGGAAGGAGCCACCAGUGGAUCCACUGCGUCAAUGUCGUAGCUCAUGUGCAGUGGACGCUGCUUCUUGCCGCACAGGUGGUCCAGCGCCAUCUCCAUCGUCUUGCCAAUGCCGUAGCGGUCCACUUCUUGCAUCGAGAACGCCUUGAUGCCCUUCUCAUGAAUGACGCGACGUUCAAACGUGUCGACGUCACGCAGACCCACAUACACGAGCUGCUCCGGUUUCAUCGUGGGGCCAUUAACGAGCCAUUCGAAGCCUGGAACCUUGGAGCUGUCCACCAUACCGUCCAUGAGGAAGGCGAUUGGCAUGCCGUGCAUGUUCCCAGAGUCCGAAUCCGCUGGCGUGUUGAUGUCAGCGUGGGCAUCCACCCAGAUAACACCAGCGUCCGGGUGCACAGACAGCAAUCCUGCAAGCGAUCCAGCUCCAAUGGUGUGGUCACCACCCAGCACCAAGCAAAACUUGCCUUCUCCAGAUUUCUGCUUGAAGAUCUCGUACAACUGCUUCGUUCCAUUGCCAACUUCACAAAAAAUGUC